AGUGUCGCGGGCGCGAUGACGCGCGUACAGCGCAGGCCCAGUGGGUCGGCGACGCCACAACGGUUCCUGUACGUGUGGGCGGAGGAAGGCUGCAGGCUCUGAGCCGCUUGGAGAACAUCCUUGAGGUCAUCUGCACCAUCUGCCUGGGAAAAAAAUGGUCAACGUUUUGAAAGGAGUGCUCAUAGAAUGCGAUCCUGCCAUGAAGCAGUUCUUGCUGUACUUGGAUGAGUCCAAUGCCUUGGGGAAGAAGUUCAUCAUUCAAGACAUUGAUGACACACAUGUCUUUGUCAUUGCGGAGCUGGUUAAUGUCCUCCAGGAACGAGUCGGGGAGCUGAUGGACCAGAAUGCCUUUUCUCUUACCCAGAAGUGAAAGUGCUAGAUGUUGAGCACUCGGAAACUACAAACCACAGACAUGGAAGAGAGGCUAUUCAGAGUUUCAUACAGCACCUAGACUUUCUAUGAGCGUUUUGUGGGAAAGGCUGCAGAAUCCUUUAUUCAGACAAAAUCCCCUAAAUGAAUUUUUUGAACCCUUAAAAAAUCUUUAAAGAAGAACUAACAAUUCGCAGCAAUUUGGCUUUUAUUAUUCUUUAUUAAUUAAACUAAUCAUAAUCAUGCUGGUGCUAUGGCUCAGUUGGUAAAGGCCCUUGCCACCAAGCCUGACAGCCUGAAUUUGAUCCCAGGGAAGGGAAGACCUCCGCAUGUGCCUCCUUCCCACACAGACAAACAAACGUAAUCAGAUAUAAUCAUAAAUGAUUUCCCUACUUUUUUUUUAGUACCAAUUAAAUACACCAAUAAAAUAGUGGAGUUUGGUUAAAUUAUCACUGUAACCGAGGUAUUAUUAAUUUUGCCUAUCACUGUUAAGUGUGCAUUAGAAACAAGUGGAGAAGAUAAACUCUGCUUGUGUCUUCAGUUUUCCUUUGUCACACUGUGCUAGUGACAUUUCCCUCUCGCGUGUGCCAGUGCAGAAGAUGUAGCAGAAGUACGUGUACAGCUGAGAGCUGGGGAGAUAGCUGCGCUCUACUUCAUAUUUGGAGAGGAGCGUAGAAGAAGAGUUGCGUGUGGUUGUACUCUUAGGUCAUCUGAAACUGAACUUAUAUAAACAAAAUACAUAAUGGUUCAAACAGAUGCACUGAGGUCAGCAUUGAUAGGGUAAAUUUUGGGGAUGGAGAGAUGGCUCAGAGGUUAAGAGCACUGACUGCCCUUCCAGAGGUCCUGAGUUCAAUUCCCAGAAACCACAUGGUGGCUCAGCCAUCUGUAGUGAGAUCUGGUGCCCUCUUCUGGCCAGCAAGCAUAUAGAACACUGU